GGGGGUGACGCUCACGCGCUUGCGUUCGGCAGGUUCAAACUCUGACCGAUCAGGAAGAAGGAUUUGCCGGAGACUUUCACAGCUCUGAAGCAAAUAAUUAGAUUUUUAAACACUGGGUGAAUUAAAUUAUAUCUAAAUCUGUUACAGUGACAGGAACCGACGCAAAGAUGUCUGUUGCCGGACUGAAGAAACAGUUUUAUAAAGCGAGUCAGAUGAUGAGUGAGAAGGUGGGAGGAGCCGAGGGAACUAAACUGGAUGAGGACUUCAAAGACCUUGAAAGGAAGGCUGACAUCACCAGUAAAGCCAUUGCAGAUGUUCUCUGCAAAACCACAGAAUACCUGCAGCCUAACCCAGCAUCGCGAGCAAGACUGACGAUGGUGAACACUGUGUCUAAGAUGCGCGGACAGGUGAAAAGCCUAGGUUACCCGCAGGCAGAGGGACUUUUGGGGGAGUGUAUGCUCAAAUAUGGCCGAGACAUGGGAGAGGACACCAACUUUGGUGGCGCUUUAGUGGAGAUGGGAGAGGCCAUGAAGAGACUGGCUGAAGUGAAAGACUCUCUAGACAUCGAUGUCAAACAGAACUUCAUUGACCCUUUCCAAACUAUAAUCGACAAGGACUUGAAAGAUAUACAGCAUCACCUAAAAAAACUAGAGGGCCGUCGACUGGAUUACGACUACAAGAAGAAGCGUCAGGGGAAGAUUGCAGAUGAGGAGCUCAGGCAGGCGGUGGAGAAGUUCCAUGAGUCAAAAGAUGCAGCAGAAACCAGCAUGCAAAAUCUUCUUGAUACUGAUGUGGAGCAGGUGAGUCAACUCGCAGCUCUUGUAGAAUCUCAACUGCAGUUUCACAGACAGUCUGUGGAGGUCCUGGAGGAAUUGGCUGAGAAUAUGAGACAAAGAGUAAACAAGGCCCAGUCUCAGCCCCGGCAGAAACGGAUGCCCGUGUCCAGACCCAGUUUUGAUAACUCAGAAUCUGAAAACUCCAACGGAGGCUGGAACGCUUCAGCUUCCCCAACCACCUACUCAUCUGCAGCUGCCAAAUCCUUUAACAGAACAUCUGGACGCCAACAACGUAAUUCGACAGAUCAGCCAUGUUGCAAGGCUUUGUACGACUUUGAGGCGGAAAAUGACGGAGAGCUGGAAUUCUACGAGGGUGACAUCAUCACGCUGACCAGUCAGAUAGAUGAGAACUGGUACGAGGGAACCGUGCACGGCCAGACUGGAUUGUUCCCUUGUAACUACGUCGAGGUGAUGGUGCCCCUGAAACACUGAUCAGACAGCCAGAAAUAAAGAGAGAAAAUGGACAGACGAGGGAGAAGUGUGUUAAACAUGUGUUUCACUCUGAGCACUUUGACUUAAAGAACUAAAAGAAAUGUUGGGAUGGAAUAUUUUUACUGAUUGGUGAGGUCCAGUUUUGUAGCUUAGUGUAACACUUGUCAUUUCUCACAGUAAAAUAUUCAUUACUCAAAAGUAUCCCAAAGAUAAACAUUUUGUCUUGGUUUUUGGAGUAAAAUGUAUUUUAUUUUAUAUUAGUUUCUUAUAAAGGUGAUGUUACGUACUUACAAACUCAGACAGGCAGCAUCUUUACUGUAAAAUUAAAAAAUAAAAAAUAAAAAAAAUGAAUAGCUACUGUUGGUAAUCACUGCUCUCUAGUGGCCAGAUUUGACUACAUCAAUUCUUAACCUUGGCUGGCAGUUUUAAAUCAUGGCUUAUUUCUCUUUCUGAUUGGUACAGAGCUUGCUGGGCGUGGCCUCCUUAUAACACACAUAACGUUUUAGCUAUGUUUGAAUAACUUGUACUACGAAAUGCAGUUGUUUUGAACAUAUUAGAUUAAGAUUAAUCCAUGUGAAUCACACAAAUGAUUACCUAACUCUUCCAUUGGUGUUAGUUUGCACAAAAAUCAAAACUAUAGUCGUGCUUGCGAUUGGGUCAUGUUUAAAAUAAAUGAACAACAUCAUCAGUGUCCUCACAUGAGCUUUAAAAAUAGAAUCUGCAUGCUGGAAAUGAUGAUUAUGUAAAGGAGAUUGAAUCCAGCUAUUUGAUAUACCAGAAAUACCAGUUUGUGCUUAUGUAGACAACAGUACUCUCUCUUUUCUUAUUCCUUUCUUCCUGAUUUUUCAUAUACUUUUCUUUUUCUUAAAUGUUCUUGUAUUGUUUCCUUUUUCGUAUUUACUGUAUCCACUCGAGUACACCUGCUCCAUCUCUCUUCGCUAUUUUAAUGAAAAAAGGAACCUUUAAUAAUCCACUUCCUUACUGUUUUAAUGUACUGUGUUUUCAAAGAACUGUUGUGGUACUGAGCAAGUGGGUGAGUUUAUUACCUGCAGUAAAGAGGAAACCCUCAUCACGUUACUUUUUUGUUUAUCAAAAACUGUGGUUUAUGAUACAGUUCAUCUUUGAAUGUGAUUAUAUGAUAUCACAGCUCCACAGGGAUGUUGAGGUCAUGUAAAUGGAAUGUGAGUCUAUUAACCACCGAUUCUCUUACUUUUAAGACAGGUUUACUGUUUUACAUGUUGACUUUGUAUUAAUAUGGUUUUAUUUUAUAUCCUUUCACAAAGAGGGAAUUUAGUAGUUCUGUUUAACCACUGACCCCCAUUCAGUUCCGUUUCUCACUCUUUAAAAGUAAAGUUACAUGUAAAAGUCAGGGAGGUGCUGUUGUUUGACUAGUCUGUUAGAUCUGCUUUAUUUUUACCGUACGGCUAAGCUCAGUUUCGCAGUGGAUGACUAACUUAAACUAAGCAAUUGUUUACAUAUAUAUGUCUGUAAAGUCAAUGUGAAUUAUGUUUGUCUUUUUGUUGCUUUAAUGGUAUUAGUCAACUGUUUGUAGACCUGUCUUUUAUAUUCUUAUAGUUGUGCAUGAAGGGAUAGUUCACCCAAAAAUGAAAAUUCUGUAAUUUACUCACCCUCAUGACGUUCCAAACCUGUAUGAAUUUCUUUCUUCAAUGCGAAACAAAAGGAGAUAGUUUCAGUCACCAUUCACUUUCAUUGCAUUCCAUACAAUGAAAGUGAAUGGUGACUGCGGCUGUCAUUCUGCCUAACAUCUCUUAUUGUGUUCCAUGGAAGAAAGUCAUACAGGUGUCAAAUAACAUGAGGGUGAGUAAAUGAGGACAGUUUUCGUUUUUGAAAAUGAAAAUUCUUUCAUCAUUUACUCACCCUCAUGCUGUCCCAGAUGUGUAUGACUUUUUCUUCUGAACACAAACAAAGAUUUUUAGAAGAAUAUCUCAGCUCUGUAGUGAUGCAGUGCAAUGCUAAUGCAAGUGAAUGAUGACUGAAACUUUGAAGCUCAAAAAGCACAUAAAUGUAGCAUAACAAUAAUCCAUAAAACUCAAUUGGUGUAAUCCAUGCCUUCUGAAGCGACCCAAUCUGUUUUGGGUGAGAACAGACCAAAAUGUAACUCCUUUUUCACUAUAAAUCUUGACAUUUGCAGUCUCCUUGGUGAUCAUGAUUUCAAGCUUGAUUACACUUCCUAUAGCGCCAUCUAGCACUCUGUGCAUGCAUCAAGCACUUGGAAGUGUAAUCGAGCUUGAAAUCAUGAUUGUGCCUAAAAAGUGGCAAGAUUUAUAGUGAAAAAUUAAUAUAUUUUGGUCUGUUCUCACCCAAACUGUAUUAGAUCUCUUCAGAAGACAUGGAUUAAACCACUGGAAUAGUAUGGGUUAAUUUUAUGCUGCCUUAAUGUGUUUUUUGGAGCUUCAAAGUUCUGGCCACCAUUCACUUGCAUUGUAUGGACCUACAAAUCUGAGAUAUUCUUCUAAAAAUCUUUGUGUUCUGCAGAAGAAAAAGUCAUACACAUCUGGGAUGGCAUGAGGGUGAGUAAAUGAUGAGAAUUUUUUUUUUUUUUUUUUGUGAGAAUUAUUCUAUUAACAAAAUGACGAAGGGAAAAACUUAACUGAUUUAGAUUAUCCAACAUUUUCAGAGCAGAUCCAGGUGGACCAGAUCAUGUUUCUGAUUGUUCUUUUGUUUGUUUGUUUGUUUUUCAAAUUAAGACAUUGAAACGAUUCUGCACACUAGAUAUGUAUACUGCUCAGUGAUGUGCAUCAUAAGGGGUGAUACUGUGUCAUAUAUCAUCAGGUUUACUGGAAUGAGCAUACUAUAGUGUGUUAUGAAAGAAAUCGAAGGCAAAAACUGACCCCCUAAUUAAGUCAUGUGAUUCCACUUUCGCUAGUCAACAGAUCUCAUUUAAUGUAGUUCAGUUGAACAGUUUCAAGUUUGACCAAAUUUUCAUUUUUUGGUGAACUAUCCCUUUAAAGCACAAACGACACCUAUAUUUGCUUGAGCAAUUGUGUUUUGGGUGAGGGAUGCUGGUCUUAUAUCAGAUUUCUUGCAGGUUUACCCAGACCUGCCCUUAGAAACCCAGUUUUACAUAGUGUUUUGUUUUCUCUACGCUGCUUUGAAGUACUGUACUCUCAUCACCCCAACCACCUCUUCAUGUUUUAGUGCCUUAGAGAUGCUCAUUUAAAAGUAAUACUAUUUUUUAUAUGGGUAGAAUGUAUUAUCUACAAUGGAAAACCUAUAAGAGAUGGAUUAAUCUAAUAUUGCUUGUGCCUUUAUUGUCCCUGGUGAACAUGAUGGUUAGGCCUUAAAAUUGAAAUCAAGUUUUAUGAUAGUCAUAUGUUUCAGAAAGUAUUAAAUGAAUUCCUGUCUAAUCAGUAUUUCCUGCUUAAGUAUAUAUGUGUGAUUUAUUCUGUUAUAAAGAUGUGCAGGGCUGAGAGAACACUGUAUAUUUUCAUCUUAAAUAAAUAUGGAAAAAAUAUAGCCUUCCAUGGUGUCUGGUUGCUGUUGUUGCUGAUUUGAUUUCUUACCUUAACCUCCUGAGACCCCGCGUGAUUGCUGUGUGCAUUUUCCAUUUCCCUUUUUGAAUUGUAACUAAACUCAGCAAAAAAAGAAACAUCCUCUCACUUUCAACUGCUUUUAUUUUCAGCAAACUUAACAUGUGUAAAUAUUUGUAUGAACAUAAAAAGAUUCAACAACUAAGACAUAAACUGAACAAGUUUCACAGACGUGACUAACAGAAAUGGAAUAAUGUAUCCCUGAACAGGGGGGGGGGGGUCAAAAUCAAAAGUAACAGUCAGUAUCUGGUGUGGCCACCAGCUGUAUUAAGUACUGCAGUGCAUCUCCUCCUCAUGGACUGCACCAGAUUUGCCAGUUCUUGCUGUGAGAUGUUAACCCACUAUUCCACCAAGGCACUUGCAAGUUCCCGGACAUUUCUGGGGGGAAUGGCCCUAGCCCUCACCCUCUGAUCCAACAGGUCCCAGAUGUGCUCAAUGGGAUUGAGAUCCGGGCUCUUCGAUGGCCAUGGCAGAACACUGACAUUCCUGUCCUGCAGGAAAUCACGCACAGAACGAACAGUAUGGCUGGUGGCAUUGUCAUGCUGGAGGGAAAUGUCAAGAUGAGUCUGCAGGAAGGGUACCACAUGAGGGAGGAGGAUGUCUUCCCUGUAACGCACAGCGUUGAGAUUGUCUGCAAUGACAACAAGCUCAGUCAGAUGAUGCUGUGACACACCGCCCCAGACCAUGACGGACCCUCCACCUCCAAAUCGAUCCCGCUCCAGAGUACAGGCCUUGGUGUAACGCUCAUUCCUUCGAAGAUAAACGUGAGUCCGACCAUCACCCCGUCUCGUCAAUGAAGAGCACUUUUUGCCAGUCCUGUCUGGUCCAGCGAAGAUGGGUUUGUGCCCAUAGGUGACGUUGUUGCCAGUGAUGUCUGGUAAGAACCUGCCUUACAACAGUCCUACAAGCCUUAGUCCAACCUCUCUCAGCCUAUAGCGGACAGUCUGAGCACUGAUGGAGGGAUUGUGCAUUCCUGGUGUAACUCGGGCAGUUGUUGUUGCCAUCCGGUACCUGUCCCGCAGGUGUGAUAUUCAGAUGUACCGAUCCUGUGCAUUUACAUUUACAUUACAUUUAUCAAUUGGCUGACGCUUUUAUACAAAGGGACUUACAAAAGAGGAACACAUAAGCAAAUCAUCUUAAGGGGA